AUGAACUUAGUGCGCCAGGCUACGGCCUUGAAAGACAUUUUCGUAUUGGAAAAGCCGAUAAAUUCGUUUAUACGAAGAGUGGGCUCGGAACAACUACAAAACUCCGGCUCGCUAUUGACAUGUAUUGAUGGUCUCAUCAACACCCAUCAGGAACUUUUGGUAGACAAGUUCAAGUUGACACCAGUUCAUGACAAGUAUGAGAUGAGAGAGCGAAUAUGGGAUAGCUUGAAGCGAGACAAGAUUGAUAAAGACUUGCAACUGAAAGCUAGACACAAGUUUACUCCACAGGAUAUACAAUUUACUCCCAGUUACAACAAAUUCAUCAAAGAACUAUACCCACUAAGCAAAGACAAGCACCCUUUCCGAUCGAAAGAAGUGAUUUUUGAUCUAAAGACUAAUCACGAUAAAUACUUGGACAUCGACCACGAAAAGCUAUACCGACGAUAUCUAGACCUUCCUCGCCCAGCACCGCGGUACCUUCCACCUCAAGUUCUCCACGAUUUCAUCGCCAAGUUUGCCCUCAGAAAUCGGCGGUUUGCCAACAGAAACGUGGUGACUGGGUGUAAACUCAAGGGCAAUUUCAAAGGAGCCGUGCGCGGGAUAGCAGCCGAGAAUGAACGAAGACGAGAUUAUCGUGGCAUGGUCUUGAAUGUGUUUAACGAUUUGAAAAAUGCCGGGUUGGAAAUCACCGCGCAGGAACAGGCGAGGAUCGUAUAUCUUUCUUAUUUCAAAGAUGAUUAUGACGUUUUAGAAGGGAUUGCAGUCAAGGAUGAUGAACUGGAGCUUGGAUACGACAACAAGUUCACUUUUGAUGAGUACAAGCUGAUUCUUGAAACUGUUGGCGAGAGGAGCGACAUUUACGGGGUCUUGCUUCUUUUGGCUAUACGGCAUGACCGGUUUGCAAUCAUUGAGGACAUCUUGCCCAAAGUUCAAUUGGGCGACAUCAUUGAGAACAAAAUGGAUGAUGAUGAUGAUGGUGAUGAUUGCAAAAGAUUAAGUGAAUUUUCUUUGCUGGACGCUUCGCUUCUUCAUUUGUGCAAGUAUUUUGUUCACUACAUCAACAGACCAAACUACUCGACGUACUUGGCCAACACCUUGCAAAAGAUUAAUCAACUUCCAGUGAUUAAUGAAAAAAUAGUCGACCACGUGAUCGCGAUGUUGGUCAACUUGGGGUUGAUUAAGCACGCGGAGAUACUAUUUGAGACGGCCUAUUUCAAAGCCCAAGGUGAAGAGGGCGACGUUACACAGGAAUGGCUCUAUGUCUAUACAAGAUUGAAAACGACAACAACAACAACAACCGUGGAUGCCGCGACCCGGACUUUUUUUUACAAGUUUUCGCCUACCUAUGCAUCAUUCUCGAGUCUAUUUCGCGGCUAUGCUGAAACACAGCAACCUUGGCCUCGCGUUAGACAGCUCAUGCUGAUUCUCGAUCAGCUAUCGAACCAAUUCAUGAGUACUGAAAUGUACCUCGAGCUAAUCAAAGGGUUCAUCAAUGAGACGACCAAUGUUUGGGGAUUGCAAGAUUUUGUUUAUUUAUUGACCCGGCUUCUUGUUGAUAUCGAUCAGGGGACUCGGCAUUACGAUCAGUUCAAUUUAAAAGAGAUGAUUUCCAAGUCAGUUGUGAGUGUUGAUGUCGAGUUGGAGCUACUAAUGGCAGAGUUUGAGUCGCCUAUUCGCGCAAACCCAAAUUUGAGAUUGAGCGAGUUGCUCAUGGAGGCCAUAUUUAUGGCCUGUGAGAGGCAAUCUGUACUUGCGGAUCAUAAAGAGGCAAAAGCCGUCGAUGAUGUGAAGGAGCAAUGGAUCAGGAUGAUUGAGGAAGUGCCAAAGCAAGAUUCCAUCUUCCAAGCGGAUAGACUCGCCGCCAUCAACAAGGCGGUGCUAUUUGAAAUUGUAA